CUGUUAUGUCAAUUGGCGUCAACAGACUGUAACGGCAACAGCUGUUGCGAAAAAUCAAUUUUGCAAAUUUGUCUGUGUCUGAGCAUAUAAUUUAUUUAAAAAAUAAAAAAUGUCCUCAAAUGCUGACUGUUUUAUUGUGCUGCCAGCCAAUACUAAGUCUGGCUCCCUAAUUUUCGGUCGCAAUGGUGAGGACGCUGCAGCGGUAGGCGUGGCAUCUGAAAUCUGUUACUAUGAUGUCAGCGACGUACUGGAGGGGAAGACUGACGGUGGUGCUACUUUAGAGCCGGUGAGCGAUGCUUUACGUGUUAUAUUGCAAAAGCCGAAGCCCUUCCUUUGGGGCGGUGACUUUGGGGCCAACGAAAGAGGUGUGGCCAUAAGCCUCAGCUGGACUGAUGGGGAGCAGGAGGCGAAAGACAGUGACAGUCUACUAAGCACGGAUAUAGUGCGGGUGACACUAGCCGAGGCUAAAGAUGCGGAAACAGCCGUUGAGCGUAUUGGAGCGUUGGUAGCCAAGUACAGCAACGACAACGCCAAGAUGAACAUCAUAGUUUGUGAUCCUACGGCUGCCUGGAUUUUGAGCAGUGCUGGCAAAGUGUGGGCCGCCGAAAAGCUGCAGGCCAGUUGGCUACGUGUGCCUAGUGGUGGGCUAACCGUAACCACAACUAUCGAUAAGUCAAGUGACGGCCUGGAUACUAGUGCUAGCUUUGCGGCUGCUCACGAUGCGGAGGCGCAGGCACCGGAAGCAGAUUGGUGUGGCCUGAAGCCCGCUGGCGAUGGCACCUACACGCAGCAGGAUAUGUUCGAGACAUUGCGCUUGGCGAGCGGUGCUGGUUCACGGGCGGCCAACGUAUCGGUGCUAACUGCUAGUUCCAUUUCGUGUCACUGGUUCACCGGCACGCCAAAUGCCGCCGAGUCCGUGUUCAAGCCGUUUGUGUUUGCGCCCAAGCCACGUAUUUCACCACUGACUCAGGUGCAGGCCGACACGGAGCAGACGCUGUUGCACAGCUUGCAUGCCAAUCGUAAGCCAGCUGCGCUGGAGCACUUACGCAGCCUGGAGCGUUCCUGUGUCGAUGAGUUGAAUAAUUACUUCUCUAUCCAGGAUUUUGCCAGCGAAGAGCUGGACGAGCUGCUCAAAGAUUGCGUUGAGGCUGAGGUCAAGUUUUAUCGCUAGAGCGAAUGCUUGAAACGAACGCACCAUGCUAAUUAUAAUACUAUGAUAUUCAACUAGCUUGCAACCAGGGCGAAGGCUCUUUUGGACGCACCAAUUCGAUUCGACUUGUUCAUUUCAUAUAUAUAUAUAUUUAUAUAUACUAGGUAUAUCUUCAAAUUGAUAGGAUACUCAAAAGGAUUUCAUCAGUAUGAACGAUUUAUGAUUUCUGUGUUAGUUGUUUUUGUUUAAUUUAAUAUUUUUGCUUUUGCGUGAUAUUGAAAUAUGUAUUUUUAUAGAAUUUUGUGUUCCCUAUUGUGCAAUCUCGAAUCUCGAUCAUCAUUUCUAAGUAUUAUGCAUGACAUUCCAUUUAAUUAAAAUUAGUUGCGGCUAAUGAUUUA